UUGAAAGCUAGGGUUCUUGAGUGUGCCCAGCGCCAGUGAAAAUGGCUGCUCGCAACCUGGCGUGUGACCUCAUCAACGACCAAUUCGGGGAGCUUGUCCAGAAAGUAUGCGACUGCCUUGUGCAGCGUGGAAGCCUGUUGCUGUCCGAGAUUGCGCGCUUCACUGGCAUCGACGUCGCGCCGCUGGGCGACUGCCUGAAGCAGCUCAUCCAGCACAACUGCGUGCAAGCCUUUAGAGCAUCGGUGGAGCAAGAACACGAUGGCCUGGGCGCUGGAGGGAGGCCAGCACCAAAGCCCAACACCUUCUACAUGCUCAUACUGGACAACGUCCUCCACCGGAUGCGCUUCCCAAAGUUUAUGACGCUCGUCCGCGACGACAUUGGCAGCGAGGCGCAAGGCUUGCUCGGCGCCUUACUGCAGCACGGCCGACUGACGCUCGACCAGCUGCUCAAACGCGCAGCGGAAUGCGCUCAACCAGGUGACGUUGAGGUCGAAAUGAGCGUGAAGAAAGCAUUCGUGGAGCUUGUCGAGGCGCAUUUCAUUGAGCGCUGCCCGUUGCCAGAGCCAACGUUGCCUCUGGCGGAGGAAGAACAGCCCAACAAGCGAGCCAGGAUGACGGCUCAGACGCGGGAGCGGCGUGUACUCGAUGCGGCGGCACAGUCGGACGCCCUCAGGUUUCGGUUGCCAGCAUCGUUGCAACUACAAUCCGGGGACUUGGUCACGCUAGAUGAUUCUCUUAUCACGGGUCACAAGCGCAAGGAAAUGGAUACGACCCUCCUUGACGACAAAGAUGUUAUUUGGCGAGUCAACUACGAGGAGUUCAUACGUCGCCUACGGCAUCAGGCCUGCGUGAGGCUGGUGAGCUCCAAGUGUGACCUUGGGUGUGGAACUGUUUUGGCGUGCAUUCUCGACAGAAGCCGCAAGGCAGAGCGGAGCGUCAGACAAAGGCUGUCCAGCCCUCUUGAAAUGGAAGCGAUUGUCGAGGCCGUGAGAAAGACAGAGGAGGGACGAUGCAUGCCCUUGGAAAGGAUACGCUGCGCUCUUUUGCAGAUGACGGCUGAUGGUUUUGUCGUUGAUCGAGCUGGUGAAGCGAGUGAACAGUAUGCUAUCAAUAUGCGAAAAAUCUUAGAUGUUGCGAGGCAGGCUGAAAUCGAAGGCAUUGUGCUACAAAGAUUUGGACGGAAGUGCUGCAGAAUCUUUCGGCUCCUGUCAACAAAAGGCCGCCUGGAUCACAAGCAGAUCUCCGACAAGUCGCUCGUACCUUCAAAGGAGGCAUGGGAACUGCUGUCGAAACUUGUCAAGGAGCACUUCAUCGAGCUAGAGGAGGAUGAUCCAAAGCCUAUCUCGUGGCGCGUCAAUCUCGAAAUAGUGGCAUGGAACGUGCUCAACCAAAUGCAUAAUGCAGCAUGGAGUCUGGGCCGUCGCCUCUCCCAGGAGCUUGAACAGCAGGAGCAGGAGCAAGAUCAAGCUGGCGCGAGUGUUCCUCUUGACGAGGCGAGCAGCAGACGAAGAAACAUCGCCAAGGUGCUCGAGGCAUCUGCGACAAGGCUAGACGACGCAAUCAUGCUGUUCCACGACUUUUAAAGGCUUCAAAAAAUUUCGUCUGCCAAGAA